CGUUAAACCCAAAGAUGCUCUGAAACUUAACUGCGCACACCUCAAGCUUUAGGAAAAGGAGAUGACCAAAGGAAAAGCAAAGACCAACGGGAGUGUAAGCUCAGCUCCACUGCAGCCUCGGUCCCUCAGGUCGAGGAAGAGGGAAUGUCCAAGUGAUGAAAUCUCAGAAACCAACGAUGUCCAGGCUUCUCGCCAUCAGCAGGAGACUGAAGGUAGUAACUCAGCAGUAGAUGCCACAGUGCUACAGUCCCACCCGACCCCUGUUCAGGAAUCUACUAGAAUUUCCACAGAACAGCAUGAGGCAACAGGACACUCUGCUCUCACCAAACAAGACCAUGACACAGAAGAAAAACAUUCAGAAGCAACACAUGUGGAGGUUGAAGCUUUUGCAGAGCAAGAAGAGACGGCAGUCCCCAAUCCCAACAAUGGUUCUAAGCCGGAGGACUUUCAAAUAAAUGCUGUUAAUGAAGGCAACAGUGUUCGAAAGUACCAGGAGGAAAUGACUGCAGAGGAAUGUAACAGAUCCCCAUCACAAACAUGCACCGAUCAACUCAAGGUCUUCUGUGCAAUUUCUGAAGAGGGUGAUAAAGCUGCUUUGGAUGAGCAAAUGGUUGCAAAGGAGAAUUCUCAAUGUGAUUCAGAGAAAAAACAAGAAGUCAUCAAAGAAAAACCCAAGGAAAUCACGAAGGAGGCAGCAGCGGGGUUGCCAGCCAAAAAGAAGCGAAGGAUGGGGCGGAAACAGAAGUCCACAUUGCUGCCACUACCUCAGACGGGACCAGUGCUGUGUGUGAUCCAAUGGGACAGAGUGGUGAGGUUGAAGGAGUCAUAGCGCCUGAUCCAGAGCAAACCGGUGACCCAAAGUCAGACCCACCACCAACAGAGGAGGAAAAGGAAGAGCUUUUGGGGAAUCCAGAUCAGCAGGAACCUGAUGGAAGCACGGCUGGGAUUGUGGAUGAAAAUCCUCUGGAACACAUAAAAGACCGGGAAGAUGGGUCAGCAGAAGACCGACGUCCUGCCAUCACUUUGUACUCUAGUCCAACUCAAAACGAGGAGGCUGAGAACGGGGAUGCAAUGGAGGCUGCUGUCCUGCUGGAGAAUAGUGAGACCAGGACAAGCAAGAACAAAGAGGAGCUGACUGGUGGUGAUGGGGACGGAGCGGAGGCGAGUGCUGGGGACGGAGCUGGGGCAGGUGCUUCACCCACAGACCCCAGGUCAGGAGGAUUGAGCACUGUGGAGCUCUGCGAGGCUGCAGCGCUGCCCGGUGGCUCAUUGAUGAAAGACAGCGUGAGUGAUGGAACAAACUUACAAAGUGAAAACGUUGCUGGAUCCUCUUCUAACGCUGAGCCACUUCAGACCUCGGACACCACAGACCCGUUUGGUUCUGGGUACCUGGAUUAUGUUACAGACUCGCAGCUGAACACUAUCGUUCUGAGUGAGGUGGAGGUGAUGGAGGAAGAUGUUGGUCCUCCAGACCAUGAAGAUGCUACAGACCUGAUCUGUGGGCUCAUCAGAGAACUCUCCUCUCUAAAUCGUAAGGUGAUGGCCACUCACAGAGAUCUGGAGAACCUGCGGCGUGGCAAUAAACCUUCCAGAAGCUCCACACGUUGAGAAGAAGAUUUUCAUUGUUGACCCGAUGUUUUUUGAGUAAUGAAGGCGUUCGAGUGUACAAAUGUUUGUGUAUCUCCGUUUACAGUCUGUUUUGUGUCACUGACAGCUGGAUUGUUGUGUUUAAAGUCUUAGUUCUUCCCAAA